GUAUUUAUUUUCCUCCUCUGAAAUUAAUAUUAUUUGAAGAUUAAAAAAUAAAUAAAAUUGUUAAUCUCUCUCAAAUCUGGUACAGGAGAGAAGCAAUUUUUGCAAAAUCUAAUCAAAGAUCUCCGAUUUUUCUAUCAUUAUGGCAAUGAAGAUUUGGUUCAACAAAAGGAUCGUGGAUCCUCUUCUCCAGAUCCUCCGCAAGGGAGCAGAACCCAGGCAGUUGGCAUUCUCUGCAGCUCUGGGAAUUACUUUGGGAAUUUUCCCAAUAUGCGGGGUUACAGUUUUGCUUUGUGGGAUGGCAAUAGCGUUGUUGGGAUCUCAUUGCCACUCUCCAACUGUCAUGCUUACUAACUUCUUGGCUACUCCGAUCGAGUUGAGUCUGGUGGUGCCCUUCCUUCGCUUUGGUGAAAUUUUAUCGGGUGGACCUCAUUUCCCCUUAACUUCUGAUGCUUUGAAGAAAGUUUUGUCUGGACAAGCUUCGAGUGAGCUCCUCUUUAGUAUUGCCCGUGCUUUGUUGGGAUGGCUUGUUGCGGCACCCAUUAUUUUGGCCAUGCUCUACAUGAUAUUUUUGCCAAUUUUCAAGGUUGUCGUCCCCAAGUUCAGGAGCGUCCCUUCAAGCCCAAGGAAACAACAUCAUUCACUUCCUGAAGUUGGGCUCAAGGAAGGAGAUCACUAGAGAUGUCAUGGCCUCAUCACAUCUAUCCCAAACCAAAGGUAACAUAAUAAGAUGAUGAAGACUCAGCCUGCACUAUGCAGGUGGUACUUGAUGAAUCAAUAUGGGAAGAGAAUAUGGAUCAUGAUGAUGAUGAUCAGACUAUUAAUUACCACAUAGAUUACCAUGAGGUCGCUACUCAUCCAACUCCAACCCCCAAACAUCCUAUGCCAUAGAAUUUUUUUUUACCGAAUUUAUACCGUAAUUUCUCAUGUAAACAUUGCAAU